AUUGAUGCCUGGCCCUCAAUACUUCAGGUGUUGUUUUGUCCACCGCGUCUGAUCAGUGCCUAGUCGGUCGUGCUGUCCUUGUCUUGUUGAUCUUUCUCAUGCUUGGCAAGGUUUGACCAAAUGUGAUGAGCACCAGGCGGCGACUGUAGACCACCUAUAUUCUGGGCAACAAGAAGAAACAUUUGAAGCGUAAAGAGUCAGCAACCACAACGUCUUCGACAAUGCCGUCGACAAAGGCAGGCGCUGUACGCAUCCUCGUGUCUUGUCUUCUCGCCCACAUCACCAUCAUCACCCCCCUCGCGGCUGCCAUAGACAUCAACGUCGACGACAAGACCUCCGUCAAGGCUGCAGCCUCCAAGAUCGCUAAGGGUCUCUUCACAACGUACCACAAUGUGGCAUCGACAGCGGGCGACUUCAAUCAGCCCGAGCCAUGGUUCUGGUGGCUCUCGGGCUCCGGCUGGACUGGACUGCUCGACUACAUGAUCUACACCGGGGACAGGGCGUACAAGGCCGACCUCUUCGCCGCCUACAAGGAGAACAUUGGGCCCGGCAACGACUUUGCGCCUCUGGAGCAGAAGAACUGGGAGGCCAAUGACGACCAGAUGUACUGGCUUUACGGGGCACUGACGGCCAUGGAGUACGGGUUUGACGCGCUGCCGUGCGAAAAGCCCUGCACCAACUCGUGGCUCGCCAUCAGCAUCAACGCCGUCAACGCCUUCGCCCGGCGCUGGCGCGCAGACGAGUCGACCUGCGGCGGCGGGCUCAAGUGGCAGUACCGCCCUUCGGAGCCCGGGUACACGUACAAGAACGCCGUCACGAACGGCGGGUUCUUCCAGUCCACGGCGCGGCUGGCACGGUUCACGGGCAACGAGACGUACGCGGUCUGGGCGGACAUCAUCUACGACUGGUCGGAGCGCGUGCGCCUCGUGACGCCCGACUACCACGUGGUGGACGGGACGUCGGACCACGAGGGGCAGAACUGCUCGAGCGUCAACCGAGACGAGUGGUCAUACAACAUUGCGACGUACAUGCACGGCGCGGCCAACAUGUACGCGUACUAUGCGCUGCGGAGGCCGGGCGACAAGCAGGCGCUGGCCAAGUGGAAGGCCCGGACGGAGGGGUUUGUCGCGACGGCGGGCAAGACCUUCUUCUCGCAGGGCGGCGCCGUCAUGUAUGAGCAAAAGUGCGAGCGGGCGAACAUGGCGUGCUCGACGGACCAGACGAGCUUCAAGUCGAGCCUGGGCCGGUGGAUGGGCAAGACGGCCGUCCUGGUGCCGAGUGUCAGGGCGACGGCGUCGAGGUUGCUCAAGAGCAGUGCAAGAGCCGCGGCAGGAAGCUGCCAGGACUCUAGUGGCAAGGUUGUGUGCGGACAGCGCUGGACGACGGGCAUGUUUGACGGCCAGGCUGAUUUCGGUACAUAUCUCAGUGCUCUCGAGGUAGUUCAGAGUGUUUUGACUGUCGACGCUCCGCCAUUGCUGGUGCAAGCGAAGCCCCGACAGGGUGCUUGAUGACAGACCGGCAAGUAGGUUAGCCAGCACCGCCGUCGCUGCGAAAGGGAAACCUGCUCAAUUUCGAUGAACCGGCAUGUCGAUAAAUU